GAUUUUGAGGGGUUGCAUUGGGGGUUAUAUAUUCCGGGUUGAUCCAAUCUUGUUUAUUUCUGUUUUUAAAAUUCUGAUAUCUCAACAAAACCUUGAUUUAACCUACAUCAUCUACAAAGCACGAACUACAACUCAUACCUAUUUAUACUGAACGACAUCUCUUCAAACAAACACAAACACAAAACAAACAACAACUACCGAACCAAAUUAAACAAAAAACCAUCACCGAAAAUGGACUCUUCACCACCAACAACCCCAACCAAAACCCGACAAUCACAAACCCCUCAGCAAACUUCUCCUCACCCCCAGGAUUCAUCCCCCGCCUGCCAAUCCGCCAUCAAACACUCCUCCUCGUGGAAGCCCAGCUCGCUCGACCGCCGCCUUAGCUGGAGCUCCCAGGACCAGAAGCACGCGCUGCAGAUGAGCGGCAUUGAUGGCGUGCGCUCGGGACACCAGGGUUUUACGGAGCGAUGAAUGCCUUUAAUCCAGUCGGGGGGGG